CAAAGCAAAAGCAAUGAACUGUUUUAAAAGUAUCGCGAUUGCGGAAGGCAAGGUUCCAAUAAGCCUGCAGCUGAUUACUGGUGUCCCAUUCAGGAUAAACUUAUUGUUCGUCAGUGCGAUUCAAAAUACCAAAAUCCAGACUCGCUUAGUCAUAAUUUUAUAUUUAUCGUAGCAGAAUUGAGCGCAAACCAAGCGGAGGUUGCAGGCAAGCUGUCGUCCUGACAGUAUUCGAACGCAUGAAUGCUUCGGUGUUUUUAUGAUGCGUCCGUAAGCAUAGUAUACCCUUGAGAGAAAAGUUUUAUUUCCGUAUUGACACUUACAAAUUGCGUAUGUAUUUUUUUUAAGACUUCGUUAUAUAGGCACAUUAAUUACAACUGUAGAUGAUUCAGUGAAACAACUAGGCAAAGGAAAGAUGGGGCAGAGUGUGGCAAGGGUUCAACUUGAGGAUGGUCUCAGAAAAUACAAAGCAGGGAACUACGAAGGCGCGAUACGAAAAUGGAAAAGUGUGCUCUCAAAAGUACGGAACAACAGCAAUGGUCAAUUUACUGUACUCGGUUACCUGGUGUGUGCGUUUUUUGAAUGUGGAAAUUAUCGUGAGAUGCUUAAGUGUGCGAUCCAACAGUUUGACAUUGCCGAUAAAUUAGACGUUUCUGAAAUGAAAGCGGAGGCCUACCUCAACUUAGCUCGUAGCAAUGAAUGUCUUUGUGAGUAUCAUAAAGCGAUUUCAUACGCCCGGCAUAGUUUAUCAAUAACCGUAACCCAGAAAGAAGGAAAAGUUUCCAUAAAAGCGCAAACGCAUCUCUGCCUAGCGGCUUCGUAUCUGGGUUUUGGGGACUUCCAAUCGUCGGUAAGCAACGCUAAAUUGGCCCUCGAGCUUGCUAAAAAAUCCGAGGAGAAAACAUUGGAAUGCAAUGUGUACAGUGUUUUUGGCGAUAUAUUUGCCUGCCUGAAAGAUUAUGAACAGUCGUUAAGCUAUUACGUUCAGGCACACGAGCUGGUCAGGCGGUAUGGCCAGAACUGGAGUCACAAAAUACAAAUGUGGACACUACUGGACUUGGCUGUACCUUACAGGAAACUGGUGCGAUUGAACCAGGCAAUGGAUGCUUGUGAGGAGGCGUUGAAGAUGUCAGUCAAAUUCAAUGAGCGAUUGGUCCAGGCAAGGUGUCUAUGUAUUCUGGCUGAUAUUCACAGGACGAAAAAAGAUUUCGAGGCGUGUUACCCACGGUACGAAUCAGCUCUUGGGUUUGCCAUCGAGGCUAGCGACAGGCAUGCGCAGAUUCAGAUCAUUUCUGGCAUGGCAAAAGCGCUUCUACUUGUAAAGAAAACCAGAGAGAUGUUCAUGCUCCGAAGCCAUUGGAUACUGAUGCAGUUAGACCAGCAGCUCAACGACCCGACGUCGGCGCACGAGCACGCCGUUGAGUUCGACAAAUGCAUAGACGAUAUGGAGCUUCGCUGUGCCGUCUGCCAGUCGGUAAUGGGCGACAAACUAAACGUGCUCAAAAUUUUGGCCUGUAGUCACGUGUGUCACGCUUCAUGUGUUCAGAAAGCGGACAUCCGUAACGGUCACCCAUGUCCGAAUUGUCGACGACCACACUAUGAUUCCGAUCAGAUAUUUGUUUGAAGUGAAGCGUACAUGACGAUUAACCGAGAAGAACUCUAUAAGCUGCAUGAUGGCGCUAUAUACAUCGAUAAAGUACAAAAAUAUUAAAAUCAAUAGUCUAGGGGCUCCGAACAACCCCCUGCACCCUCCCUGCUUUAUACCUGUCAUUAUUUUUUUCAGUUACCUAUAUGUAUAUAAGCUUCAAGAAACACCUUGUUAGUCAAGCGAUUUCUGGUUGCUAUGCAAACCAACAUCAAAAGAUGAGUAUCCUUUUUGUUCAAUAGGCCUAUUAGAAUUGAUAUGGGGUGGAGGUAACAUUUAUGGCCAUAACUUUUUACCAACUGAAUAUAUUUUCUUGUUUUUAGUAUCAAAGUGUAGAAAAAUUAAUUUCCUAUCAUUUGGUUUAUACAAAGGCGAAAGUAAUUACGUCGUUAAUUAUGUCACAAAAGGUCAAAAGGUCAUCUUCAAAAGAUCAACAUCGAAUUUUACCCAAUAUAUAUGUAUAUAUAUAUAUAAACUUUUGAUAAUAGUUUUACUUUCCUGUUAAAACUAAACAUGAUGAUAAAAGGUAGUUGAAGUAAAACAUAUGUAAAAAUACAUAUAUAAAUAAAAUUCGGACAUCUUAGCUUCAAUCACUACAGAGUUAUGGCGCGUCUAUAGUACUGUAUAUGCAUUCACCAUUGGAUUUGGAUAUGAAUGAAAAAGCGCUUAACUAGCUUUAAAUACCAGCUAUGAUGCUGAAAACUGUCUGCUAUUAUAUGUUAUGGAAUACUUAUAUUUUCAAAAUUGUAAUACUUAAUCAACUAGUAAAUAUGAACUAACGGAAAAUAGGCGUGUAAAUUUAAUGCAUUUAUAUGAUAUAGGGUAGGGAUAAUAUUUAUGCUCACAACUUUUAGCAACUGAAUAUAUUUUGUUGUUAUUAGUAAUAAAGUGCAAAAUAAAGAACGAUGUAACGGCAUGCUUUAAUUAUGUCACAUGAGAUCAAAAGGUCACCAACCAAAUAUCAAAAUCCAAUUUACCCAACAUAUAUUAAAACUCCCGAUAAUAUCUUACUUAUCCCGUUAAAACUAAGUUAACACAGACAAAAGUUUGUUAAAUUAAAACAUAUAUUAAAACCCAUGUAUAGAUAGAAUUUUAAAUAAAUAUAUUUUCACAAUUGUGGUACAUAAUUAACUAGAAAAUAUGAAUUAAUGAAAUAAUGGUGGUGCGUCCAUUUUAUGCUCGAGAAAAAGGCUUAAAAGCUAUAUAAUAUGAUAAUGCUGAAAACAGGGUAUCUACACUUCAGUUUUUAUAAUUAUUAUAUAAUUGUCCGAUUAUAUUUAUUACAUAAAUAUCUAUUUAUAUUAUAGAGUAUGUAUAUACAAACUAAGUUUAUAAAUUAGCUAUAUGCAAGCACUAUAAAUCAUUAGAAAUAAACUAGAUAAAUAAUAACAAUUUAAUAUAUAAUA